UUAGGCGGAUGUUAGUGAAAGGGGUCAGUCCAGACUCUUGCAAUGAAGAUGGUCUCACGGCCUUACACCAGUGUUGCAUAGACGAUAACGAACCAAUGUUACUACUCCUAUUAGAAUAUGGUGCUAAUGUUAACGCAGAAGACAGCGAAAAAUGGACACCAUUACAUGCCGCAGCAACAUGCGGACAUCUGAAACUAGUUAGAAUUCUCAUAUCACAUGGUGCCAAUCUGUUAGCCGUCAAUGCUGAUGGGAAUAUGCCAUACGAUAUAUGUGAGGAUGAGGCGGCGUUAGAUUAUAUUGAAGGCGAAAUGGCCAAACGAGGUGUUACUCAACAGCUUAUAGACGAAACGAGAGCAGCUACGGAAAGGCAGAUGCUCAUAGACGUGAAAAAACUAGCGGCUAGUGGUGGAAAUUUAGAAUGUUACGACAGUCAAGGCGCAACCCCUUUACAUAUAGCAGCUGCAAACGGAUAUAUAUCGGUAGUAGAAUUUCUUCUAGACCACGGAGUAAGGACUGAUGUAAAAGACAAAGAUGACUGGCAACCUUCUCAUGCAGCUGCCUGUUGGGGUCAUUUGGAAGUAUUAGAAUUACUGGCGCAAGCAGGAGCAAAUUUGAAUGCAAAAAAUAAACACGAUGAAACUCCUUCAGACAUCUGCGAAGACCCUGAAAUAAAAGAAAGGAUCUUGGAAUUAAGAACUGAACAGGAAAUAAAGAAACAAGCAGAAGCGAAACGUAAGGUGAGGAGGUCACAGAGCAAUACCAGAACGCAAUCGGUUAGACGGACUUCUUUACGUGAUAAAGGAUUAACUGCCAGAAGAGAUGCUGUAGAAGAGGCAAGAUUAAGACUGCAAGCUGAAAAUAGCGGCUUGGACAGCAACGAUUCCAACAAUUCCAUAUCAAAUUCGAGCCCGAAGAUUAUUUUAAACAAUAAUCAUUUGGACGAUUUAAAUACAAACACCAACAAAGAAAACAACGCGAUCAGUCCUGUGAACAACGAAAGUAACGCAAUCCAAAUAACAGAGGAUCGUAGAGCACCCGAAGGAAAAGACGAUGACUCAGUUUUGGAUGAUCAAUUGAUGGACACAAAUGAAAAAACUUAUACGACGGACGUUAACGGCAAAGUAACAGUUCACGUUGUUGUUACUAUUAACGGAAAUGGGACGUUAGCCGAUUUAAAGAAACAGCGAAUGCAAAUUAGGAAUAGUAGCAACGAUGUAAAUAGUAUCACAUCACCUGUAGGUAGUAUUACUGAAACCGAAUCUAACCUAAGUCCCUCCACAGAUAUUGUUAGAUUUACUGGCAAUACUACUGAAGAAAAUAUUGAAUACUCAAAACCAAAACGAUGUUGUAUUAUACAAUAAGCUUUUAUAAUUACUUCCAUAUUAAUGCAUUCAUAGAAUAUUACUUAAAAGAGAUAUAAUUUUGAAAAUGUUUCCGAUGAUCAACGUUUGGACUUUAAUUUUAUAGAAGAAGAUUUUUUAUUUUUAUAUUAAAAUUGUUAUUUUCCUUUUCUUUUAUUAGAAAAAAUACUUGUGUAAGAUGAACUGAUGCCUCAUGGCUAACCUAUAUUUAUUGUAAGAUAAUUUUCUUAAUUAUUAUUAUUAUUAUGUACAUACCUAUAAUAGUAAAUCAAUUUUUUAAUAUUA